AACAGAUUUAAACAUGGUCUAUUGCGCGUGCGUGGGACGGGUGACUGUGGGCGCGCUUUAAAUGUCUGCCAAGCGCGCGACCGAGCUGUUGCGAGGGGCGAUCAGAUCGGGGCCGCGCGCAGCAAAGCGGAUGACCACCGUGGAGCUGUCACGUCACGGAUCCGCAGCGAGAUGCUGUGGUGACAAGCAGAAGAGGGAACGACACGACCCCCUUUUCUCCCCCAGACGACCAUCUCCUCCUCUCCGGUUCUUCAUCUGACGCAUCCUCCCUCCUCUCCCUAUGGACGGGGCGCACGUCAUGGCAUUCCUCUCCACGUCGUCCCCGCCGCUUCAAAAGCUUGAGGAUAUUUUGUAACCACACCCGGCUCUUCUUCGGAUCAAACACUGCCUGAGGACUGUCCAUCAGGUUCCAAAUGCCCGGCCCAGUGUGAGGCUCCUGGUCAAAGGGAAGCAGUGGGGGCAGCGUCCCCAUUCCACAGACGGGAUGAGCGGAGGAGCAGAGCAAGCUGACAUCCUGAGCGGCCUCUCCCUGGUCAAGGAAAGAUGGAAAGUGGUAAAGAAGAUCGGUGGCGGUGGUUUUGGGGAGAUCUACGAGGCGCAGGACCUGCUGACACGGGGCAGCGUGGCGCUGAAAGUGGAGUCAGCCCAGCAGCCAAAACAAGUGUUAAAAAUGGAGGUCGCCGUCCUGAAGAAGCUCCAGGGUAAAGAUCACGUCUGUCGCUUCGUUGGAUGUGGCCGCAACGACCGAUUCAACUACGUGGUGAUGGAGCUUCAGGGUCGAAACCUGGCAGACUUGAGGAGAAGCAUGCCUCGGGGGACGUUCAGCAUCAGUACGACCCUGCGCCUUGGGCGGCAGAUCCUGGAGGCCAUAGAGAGCAUCCACUCUGUUGGAUUCUUGCAUCGGGACAUCAAACCAUCCAAUUUUGCCAUGGGUCGUUUUCCCAGUACUUGUCGGACCUGCUACAUGCUAGACUUUGGUCUGGCGCGUCAGUUCACCAAUUCCUGUCAGGAGGUCCGCCCCCCUCGUCCAGUCGCAGGGUUCAGGGGAACAGUUCGUUAUGCCUCUGUUAACGCACACAAGAACAAGGAGAUGGGUCGCCACGAUGACCUGUGGUCUCUAUUCUACAUGUUAGUGGAGUUCCUGGUUGGACAGCUGCCAUGGAGGAAAAUAAAGGACAAAGAACACGUGGGGAAGCUGAAGGAGACAUAUGACCAUCGUCUGAUGCUCAAACAUCUGCCGGCAGAGUUUGGCGUGUUCUUGGAACACAUUUCCAGCCUUGACUACUACACCAAGCCAGACUACCAGCUGCUGAUGUCCGUGUUCGACAACAGCAUGAAAACCUACAAUGUUGUGGAAAAUGACCCGUACGACUGGGAGCGAGCCAGUACAGAUGGCACGCUAACCAUCAGUGCCAGCACCACGACGCCACAGCAUCACACUCGACUCACUCCCGCACAGAUGGGCAUGGCGAACGCCUCGUUGAUCCCCGGUGACCUGCUGAGGGAGAAUACAGACGAGGUGCUGCAGGACGAGCAGCUUAGCGAUGUGGAGAACAAUGCCGCUCCUGAACGCCUGCUGGGUUCCCCUCACCACCAGCAUCGCAACCAGGAGGCUGACGUCUGGGAAGAGCUUGACCGGAACCGGAACAGGAUCAGGACAGGACACUGGAAGGCUGCGGCAGAGGAGGAACAAAGCAACAACCAGGGCAAACAAGGACACCAGAGCCCCUACGCAGGAUUAAGUUUGGGCUCUCCUGUCAAACUGCACUCAGAGGGAGUUGCUGCAGAUCGAGAUGGACCUCUGCUGAGAAAGCUGCGUAACAUCCACAGCUUGGAGCUGGAGAGGAGGCUGAGCCUGGAGUCAAAGUCUAGUCCAGAGCGGCCCCUGGAUAACUGUUCAGGAAAACAACAGUUUGGUGUCCAGCGCCAGGGAAAGGAGGCUACUAUUGUCCCAGCAGCUGUACCCGCUGUGGAGCGUCCUGAUAGGGUGUGGCACUACGACGAGGAGUUCCUGUCUGGAGCUGCUUCUCCUAAACAAGCUUCACCCGGGUCUUUUGAGCAGGGAGAGGGGGCGGUCAGCAGUGGUGGCUUCGUGGCUCUUAAUCUUAGCUCCGGGAGGCAGGAAAUUGACUCAAGAGAGUGGGUAAUAGUGGAGCGACCGAGUGGCUCCCCUGGAGCUAAAGCUACAUCCAUCCCUUCAGAGGAGGAUGAAGAGCCAGAGGUGCUUCAACCAGAGGAAGCGUCACCUGGAUGGGAAAACGUAAGCCCAAGCCCUAACUCUGGCAAAGCUAAGCAAGAAAGUGCGGCUUCUUCCAAAGGAAGUACAAAAGUGGACAAGUUGGAGCUGAGUGUGGGCCCUGUGGGGGCUCUGCCUCCUAUAACGCCAACCAGCCCAGCUGAAGCUCUGGCCGAGGGAGUCCUCACUCAGCUCCCCACCUCUCCUCCGUCUCUACCCGAGGAGGUCUUGGCCCGGACAUCUAGCCCCAUCCCACUGCGUUCUCCCAGUCCUCACACCCUCCUGACCACGUUGUCGGACCCGCUGCACCAGCGGCACUCAGCAGGCUUGAGGCGCAGCCAGUCUGCCGACCAGCAGCCGCAGCAGGACCGCCCGUCCUCUUCUUCCUCCUGCCAUGCCUCCCUACCUCUACCUACAAACCCCUCCCCUGGCGUUCGCUCGCCCAGUCGUAGGAAACUGCCAGCCAUCCCCGCUGGUGCUGCCAACACCAAGUUCCCCUCAGUCAUACGCAUCACCCGUGCCCAGCUUCAGCAGCUGACAGCUCAGCGUCCUUCAGGUCUGACCUCUCAGUCGGGAUCAGACAGUGCUCCACAGUGCCUCCUUCUUGAGAGGCGUGGUGAAGCUGAAGCUCAGAUCAAGGAGCUUCCUGGGGGAGUUCCCUCCCAACAGGAACACGUGUCCGCCCACCCAGGGACGCCAACAGAACCCCUGGCUGAAACAGUGGUGAACGGGGAUACUUCUACCAAAGCUCCAAGCCCUGUGCCAACAAGCCGUGCAUCUUCACCCCACUCGCCCCACUCGCCUCAUUCGCCUCCUCAGUUUUCUCCUCGCUCCCCUCGCAGCCCUCUAUUUAGCAAUGGCUGUCUCUCACCGUGUUUUAAUGCCCAAGCUGCUGGAGAUCUCUCAAGACCAAAAGACCCUGAAAAUAAUAUGACCUCCACUCCAUGUGCCAAAGAGGCACAGACUAGGGAGGGAGAUGGAAGCAAUGUGAAUCUCUCCCCAUCUUGCUCCUCACCCACUGCCGCCCGCAAAGACCCCAGCCGCAGGCAAAGUCGCAUCCCUGUGCUUGAGCCCUCUAGCCUGCUAGAGCUCCCUCCUCCUGGAUCUGCCAAGGAGAAACUUUUACAGAAAAAGGCCAGCCACCAAGGCCCUGCCCCCUCUCCAAACGCCUCCCCGUCCCUCUCUGACCGACGUGGUGCCGUUGUUGCCUCCCUCGUCAGGGAUCCUCUGUCAUCCACUUCUGACCGCUCUCAGGAUGAGGACUCUCUAAUGGGCUCUGACCGUCAAGGUGAUGAUGCUCGAUCUCUAUCCUCCUCCUCCAGUCCCCUUUCUAGGAAAAGCAGGAUUCCACGUCCUAUUCAUUCAGCCACGUCUGCAGAGCAGCUGACUACCCAGUUCCUGCCUCGCCCACCCCCCGGAAAGCCACCGUGUCGUGCCAUGGCGGAGGGCAGACUCAGGCGCUACCGCAUCCGGACUGGCAGCAACAGUGACUCGGACCUCCUUUCAUGCAUCGCUCAGCUGAUGCACGGUUCCCGUGGCUCCCCCGUACAUCACCGCUCCUCAGGCCAGCAUGCAGCCUUCAGGACGGGUGUCUGCAGUCUGACCAGUUCCCCACACCACCACCACCACCGCAGCUCCAGCGCCUCGCCUCGCAGCUCCUCCUCUCUGCAGCGUUCUGUCAGCUCCUCGCCUUCCCGCCACGAGCACCGGGGCGGAGGGGGCGGCAGUGGCUUUCUGGGUCGGAGCCACUCGCCUCCCAGCUUUUCAGGGUCUCCGCCUCCCCGUCGCUUCUACCUCCACCACCAGGAGAUGUGUUGCAGUCGGCAGGUGCGCACAAGCCCACUGCACCUGUCCAGGGGGAAGAGCUGCAGCAGAGAGGGCAAGUGCUCAAGCAAGCUGAGCAGAUAAUUUCACGCCAUAAUGUAAUGCCAUAGCAAAGGAAAUAAGGAUUUAAAUAACAAUAGAACAAACAUCAUUUAGAAUAAAGCUUGGUUCUUCCUGUUCAGUCAGUAAAACAGUGUUUCUCUUCUGUUAUUAGUUCAAUCCUACUCUUCUUCUGUUUUUGCACACAGGGUUUGCCUGACUUAUACAAUGUUUUGACUACUUUCUAACAAAAUUUAAUUUCAAUUUCAUCUUUCAACCUGAGCUUUUGCGUGACUGCAUCAGGAUCCAUAACUUAGACUAAAGCUGUCUUUAUCAUGCUGAAGGCAGGAAUAUAAGAUAAUGUAGAACAAUUGCUUAGUUGAGCCUUUAACUCACUUUAACCGGAUCUAUCCAAUACAUUGAUACACUCCUAUCAGGCAUGACAUCAUAACCACCAUCAGCUGACUGGGCAUCUGUUACUGGGUGAGAUUAAGUAGACAGGAAGUGCAUUUGUUACCACCAUUUAAAUGUGGUCCAAUGAGGGUGCAAUCAAUGAUCCGUCAAGUCUGAUCUAUCUGGAUGACAUAGAAAUUUCAUAGAAAAGUAGCAAGGUACCCCUUUGGGUGCCAAAAGAUCAAACAAUGGACCUGAACUGGACCAUAAAGCAAUGCUCUGGUCUAAUAGAUCACUUUUUCUUUAAGAUAGCAUGAAAAGCAGUGUGAAUGUUCAAUGGUUACCAAGGGAACAGGUACAAUUUCUGGCAAAACCCAUAUAGGCAGUUGCACAGGAUGGCAUUAAAAAAAGGUAGUUUCACCAGUUUUGCUAAAUGCAUACCUGUGUUUAAACUUUUAUUUUUCCCAAUUGUUUUAAGGGGAAUCUAUAGGGAGUGCUUCCCCUGUGUGUUGAGGAACAUAUGCCACCAGGAUUCCCUGUUGGAAGAAGGCAAGUUUGAGAGGAAGCAUAAUGCUUUUUGUGAUGUUCGAAAAGAAGAUUUUGGGUCCCCCCCAUCCACAUGUUUGCUACUUUGGCACAAAGUCUUUACCUAAGUGUUGUUACAACAUCUGGUGAUUAUCCCUGGUGAGUUUUUCCUCUUUCAGAAUGGUUAACGUAGGCUCAAUAAGAAAAAAAUUGUUUUAGGAAAAGCGUUGACUUAACCCCAUUUCCUCAGAGCGGACUGCAAUCAAGCUAUUUUUAGACGUGCAGGACCCAAAGGACCAGAGAUGUCUUCUAGCAGAUGAUCAGACAGGAUGUGCUUGCACCUUGGUCCUUUAUAGCUCACCAUACUUUCAGGAGUCUGGUGGAGACUAAACCUGAAUGGAUAUGGGCUGUUUGGCAGCUAAAGGGGGACCAAUCCACUAUCAGGCAGAUGGUUUUGAUGUUAUGCCUGAUUUGGUGUGAGUCGCUGUUUAAUCUUCAUAUUAUUUUUAUUUUUUUUGCACUUAGAAAUUGCAGUGCAGCUGAUUCCAACUAGAUGAAGAAUUGCCCCAGUUUUCCUUUUGGAGGCCACUGGCAGGGUAUGAUAGUUAGAUUUAAGCUAUGCUUUGUCUUAAGCUUUUAUUUCAUUGGUUGUAUUCAUUGUAAAGCUGCCUCAAACCUCUCCCCUUAGAUGGGCAAAUGUGUUUUCAGUGUUUAAUCGAAGGGAUCACUCAGUGGCCCUGUGUACAAUCAGUUGUGAGAAGUGCGUGAUGACGCGCACUGUUUUGUGCCUACUGUAAUGCUGUGAGGUUAUCUUGGGAUCCCCAAGGCAGGAAUUGGUGGAUCAUACUUUUGCUUCCAGUGGCAAACGUUGAUGUAGCCUGAACAGCUAAAGGUGCAUUACCGGUGAGUAAUGCACAGACACAAAUGUUUGUCUCAGCAUGUGCCUUGGCACUUUGGGCAGCUUAAAGAUUCACUGUCACAUGUUUAUAAUUUGGGAAUAAAAGGCCAAAAAGACUUGUGCCAGCACUUAAAAGAAAACCCUUUUCAUUAAUCCUCAUUUCUAUAAACAAGGUAGCAAGACAAACAUUUUGUAGUUUUCAAACAAAGUAGCACUUACACUGUUUGGCUGCAAACAAAUGCCACCUCUAAAAGCCUCCCAUAUUACCUAAAAAGCAAAGCCGUAUAAACAAAACAAUGCUUUAAGGUCAAAAUAGUUUGUAUAUCCUGCAAUGACCAGUUCUUGCUGUUAUUCCAGUUUUAUCUCCUCUGUAAGCCUUUCUCAGCAUCCUCCAGCCCCUCUGCUUGUAUUAUACUGCUAACUUACUUCAGCUUCCUUCAUCUGCUACACUGCAUGCCGGGGAAAAACAUACGGAUAUACCAGCUUCUGAGUAACAAGCUUCACACCACUUUGCUUCACAUGUUUCUCUUUUAACCCAAUGAGAAGGACAUUACCUUGACAAGUAAACAAACUGAAUUCCUGUGACUCCGUCUUUUCGCUUUCUGUUCUUAUCUGGGUUGAUUGUGUUGCAGCUACAGUGCCUUGUAAAAAUAACGACACAUGUCAAACCUUUUCACAUUUUGCUUCGUCACAGCCACAAACUGUCAUGUGUUUUGCUGGGAUUUUGUCUACAUUUAAGAAAGUAGUGCAUGACUUUGAUGUGGAAGGAAAA